GCUUAGUUUUGCCCUUUUACCUCAUGUCGUAAGCGGAAGUACACAUACGCAGAAAUUCGGAGCUUGAGUGAGCGACAUUUGUCGAGUGCAAGAUGGAUACGCUAAUAUUGGAGCCCUCUCUGUACACUGUAAAAGCGGUUCUGAUCAUGGACAAUGAUGGAGAGAGACUGUAUGCCAAGUAUUAUGAUGACACGUAUCCCACAGUGAAAGAGCAGAAAGCCUUUGAGAAGAACAUCUUUAACAAGACACACAGAACAGACAGUGAAAUCGCUCUGCUGGAGGGUCUAACAGUUGUGUACAAGAGCAAUAUUGAUUUAUAUUUCUAUGUCAUCGGCAGCUCCCAUGAAAAUGAGUUGAUGCUUAUGUCAGUGUUGAAUUGUCUCUUUGAUUCCCUGAGCCAAAUGUUGAGGAAAAAUGUGGAAAAGAGAGCCCUGCUUGAAAAUAUGGAGGGUCUUUUCCUGGCCGUUGAUGAGAUUGUUGAUGGAGGUGUGAUCCUGGAGAGUGACCCACAACAGGUGGUUCACCGUGUUGCUCUGAGGGGCGAUGACGUGCCUCUGACAGAACAGACAGUCACUCAGGUGCUACAGUCAGCUAAGGAGCAGAUCAAAUGGUCACUGCUCCGAUAGGACACUUUUGAUCCCAUUCCUGAACUGAGACGAGGAGAACAAAUACAAUUUAACCACUUUUCAUCACUACUGUCCUAUCUGUCCUUUUUUCCUUGAGUGUUUCUUGACUGUUAAAGUGCACAUCCACGACUAGUGUCUCCCUCACUCGAAGAUAAGACCAGGAACAUGAGCAUUUCAAAAGAAUGUCAAGGCAAAAGGAAGAAGCUGGGAUAUUGUCUUGGCGGGACUUUCUUUUUUAGGGAAAAGUACCGGGGCGUUCCAGUAAGCGCUUGAGUAUAUGGCUGGUUUGUGAAUGAUAUCACUGUUGUACUGCGAGAUAUUCAUUACGAUUCAUGUACAUUCCAGUGGUUGAUCUUGUUCUCUGUUCUUGUUUUGAUUGAAGUAAAGAAACAGUUUCAUCCUA